CAGUGCGCCAGACAGCUAUAAAACUCGCAUCAGUUUGAACUUAAUUUCCCUAUGCAUAUCCAAGGUCUCAAUUGUUGUAAGCUCUCCCGCUUAGUAUAUGUUUCUAGGUCCUUAGCAACUCGAUCUAGACCACGUCGUUAUCCUCCCAAAACCCACCGGAAGAAUCCUUUUCCGGCUAGGUUUCCAGCAACUCAGAGGCCCUUUAGAAUGUUUGAAAGAAUGGCUUCAGGUGGCCAGCACUUUCCACCACAAAGGCAGGAGACACAGCCUGGGAAAGAGCAUGUCAUGGAACCUACCCCUCAAUUUGAAAGCCCAGACUAUAAGCCAUCCAAUAAACUUCAUGGAAUGGUGGCGUUAGUGACUGGUGGUGACUCGGGGAUUGGACGGGCCGUGUGCCACUCCUUUGCUCUGGAGGGUGCAACCGUGGCCUUUACAUUUGUGAAGGCUCAUGAGGAUAAGGAUGCCCAGGACACAUUCAUGAUGAUAAAAAAGUCAAAGACGCCUGAUGCAAAAGAACCAAUGGCAAUGGCGGCCGACUUAGGAUAUGAUGAAAAUUGCAGAAUGGUGGUUGAUGAAGUGGUGAAUGCCUAUGGCCGGAUCGAUAUCUUAGUAAACAAAGCGGCUGAGCAGCACAAGACCACCUCAGUGGAGGAGAUUGAUGAGGAAAGGCUUGAGAGGGUGUUUAGGACCAACGUCUUCUCAUACUUUUUCACAGUCAGGCAUGCUCUGAAGCACAUGAAAGCAGGGAGCUCCAUAAUCAACACGACAUCUGUGACUGCAUACAGGGGAAGUAAGAGACUGAUCGAUUAUUCAGCAACAAAAGGUGCAAUAGUGGCUUACACUAGAGCUCUGGCUCUCCAUCUUGUACAGAGAGGAAUACGUGUCAAUGGGGUUGCCCCAGGACCCAUCUGGACGCCAUUAAUACCGGCAUCAUUCAGCGAGGAAGAGUGCGCUAAGUUCGGGUCUGACGUGCCGAUGGGAAGGGCAGGUCAGCCUGCUGAGGUUGCACCAGCAUAUGUGUUUCUUGCUUGCAACCAUUGCUCCUCUUACAUGACUGGCCAGGUUCUACACCCCAAUGGUGGGGCCAUAGUGAAUGGCCGAGGGGUUGUAGGUGGAAACGUGCUUUCUGGGCAGCCUGGGCUCUUUUAGUAUCUUUCGAGAAUGGUAGC